CGCUGCAGCCGCUGCCGCCGCCGCCCCCCGAGCGGAGGAUGAUGAAGCUCAAGUCCAACCAGACUCGCACCUACGACGGGGACGGCUACAAGAAGCGCGCGGCCUGCCUCUGCUUCCGCAGCGAGAGCGAGGAGGAGGUGCUGUUGGUGAGCAGUAGUCGACAUCCAGAUAGAUGGAUUGUCCCAGGGGGUGGCAUGGAGCCAGAAGAGGAGCCCAACAUGGCUGCUGUGCGGGAAGUCUGUGAAGAGGCUGGAGUGAAAGGGACGUUAGGAAGAUUAGUAGGAAUUUUUGAGAACCGGGACAGGAAACACAGAACCUAUGUUUACGUACUUAUUGUCACAGAAGUUUUGGAAGACUGGGAGGAUUCUGUCAAUAUUGGAAGGAAAAGGGAAUGGUUUAAAAUAGAAGAUGCCAUAAAAGUUCUUCAGUGUCACAAACCAGUACAGGCCUCCUAUUUUGAAACCUUGAGGCAAGGCUGCUUGGCAAACAAUGGCACCCCCGUCAUGACCACGACGUACUCUGAGAGCUCCAUGUCCGACAUCAGAUGACUGAAGAUGUCCCUAUGAGAGAGAGAUUUUGGAAAACAGACUGAAACGUGGAUUUCCACCACCCCCUCCUCCCUCCCUCCCUCCCUUCCUUCCCCUUUCAUAUUGCCUCCUCUGUCAUACAAGGCUUGGGCAGCAGCCUGUGGCAAAGCAAAUGUUCAGAGUGUUGCGGUUUAGUGCAAGAUGGGGUUUUUUUUGUUGUUUUUUGUUUUUUUUUGUUGCUUUUUUGGAUAUGUAUUUUGUAAAAUACAUUUUGUGCAUGAAGUGCCCCUUCCCCAUUACACCACUCCCAUGACCCGGAGAGCGAGGCUGCCAGUCUCGCCUCUGCCUUGUGUUCUGAAGUGUUCCUGUGUGUGUCAUUCCCAGCCAUAGCCAUUUUUCUUUUUCUUUUCUUUUCUUUUUUUAAUUAAAGAAGACUACAAAUGUGAGAUCAGUUCUUCAAGUCUUAGAGUCUAUACUGUAAGGUGCUGUUUCAGACCUUGUGUGGUGGUCACUUUCAGCGCGUAUGUGUAAACUUUUUUUUUUCUUUUUUUUUUUUUAAGAUGGAGGAAUCUAACUUUUUAAUUUCGCAGGAAUUUUUUUAAACCUAGGCUGCUUUUGAAAAGGAGGGUUUCAUAAUUAAUCUGUUUUGCCUUGUUUUGUUGUUGUUGUUGUUUUUUUAAAAGAAAAAAACAAUACCUUUUGUGACAGUGCUAGUGGCUGGGCCAGUUUACUCCCCCAUAACCCCUUACUCCUACCUGCAAUUUUAGUGCAGUGACACCUUGAAGUUGAGGGCAGAGUUUUGAUCACCUGCAGAUAUCCCUGCUGUUCAGUUUCUCCUACAGCUUCAGCCAACAUUUCUGCAUUGACAUGCGCGUGAAACACAAGGAAUUGGUCUUUUACCACCCAGCCAAAAGCAAGCAGCCUCAGAUAUGCUUCGAUAGAAACUGAAUUUUCCUCCUCUGUGGUAGGAAUCAGGGAUUCUGAGUGGGGUUACAGUCUAGCAAACUGGAGCAUCAGUCACCAAUGCUGUCCUGCUGGGUUGGAAUUCUUUCCCAUCCUGCUGCAUUUUGCUGGUGUCUCUUCUUGUCCACAUGCCUUACACCAUGCUGAACUGGAUAUUGUAACUUGUGCUAAAGCAUUGGAUUGUACUUACUGAGUGUUAUUGUACGAACCCUUGGUGGAAUGGCUGUUGCGUCCCUGAAAAGAAGUCCUGGGGAAAAAAAUUCAGGUGUUCAGUCUCUUGUCUGUGGCGUUGCAGCACUUAAUUGCACUACGGAGCAUGCUCAGAAGGUUUAAACUUUCUCCCUCUGUGAUAAAGGUACAAGCGGCUCCCAGGCAGAGAUGCUAGUGUGGAGUAGUACACGAUUGAAUAGUGUAGCUCCCCUGUUGCAUUGGCACACAUCACACUUCUGUUUUAGUUUUGUUUUUCUUGAUGUAAAUUCCAUGCUGUCUUGAUUUGCCAACAGUGUUGUCUAGUUGGGAAAUAAAAAUGGAAAGGGUUGGGGCUGGGAGGGGGUGGGAUAGGGACAGGUUUGGGAGGGGCAUUAGUUAAUCCCUGGCUUGGGACAGGAGCUGGUUGCUGCCUUCAGUGACUUCUCCUUUGUCAGAGCAGAGCCAAGAUGUGAAAUUAAAUCUGCAGUACUCUUGUGUUUUUUUUUUUUGUUUUUUGUUUUUAAUUUUAUUUAACACAAUUUAUUCUAAUAAAUGCUCAAGACUGUUCAAGAGCUUUCUCUCUUCCCAAUAGGGAAUUAUAGUUUAACCAUCUGAUAGAAAUGUCCACGCAGCCUGGGAUAUAAUGGAAAGUGGUAGCUUUGCUACUUUGGCAAGAAGCUAUUUGAUUUGAAACCCCUUUCUGUUCCUUUGCUGGUUCUCCCUGUUUUCAUCAUGGGGAGACCAAGGCCAAAAGCAGUGCCAGUGAUCACCAACAUGAAAAGCCACAUGCAAGAAAAAUGCUGAGGCAUUAGUCAAGUAGUAGCUUGAAACUGAGCAUCUGGAAUUGAGCCUAAAUUACACCAGUUCAGUUCCCUUUGACUUAGAAACGAAUGUACAAUCCCUUCUUGGUCUUUGUUGAGCAGCCUAAACCGAACUCUGAAAAAGGGCUUAAAAUACUAUAUCCAGAAAUGUACAAGAAAAUAAAAGGAUCGCUCUUAACCAAGCCGUCAGCGGCACCUAACACAGCCAUUUACUGCCUUCAAUUGAUUUUGUCUUUCACUGUAUAGAUGAAUAUGUUGAAAAUGCUUUGCAACAAAACAGCUGGUACUCCCGAAAGGGUAACUGCAGUUUUAAUAUCAAUAGCAUGCACAUUUUUGUUUUUUGUUUUUAAAUCUAAAAAAUGUUUUUACAGGGCUGUUAAACUGACACUUUAGGGUAGAAUAUUGUUAAUGACUUGCUAAUGGCUUAUUUGUUUGGGUCAGAAAAAUAAAUUGUGCCAAGAAAGUA